AUGUUUCGUAAUUUGUUAAUCGUUUUUGCAGCUGCCGUUAUCCUUAGUUUUGGUGGUUCGUCACAAGGAACACCUACCAACCUCAACGUGAAAUCACCUGGUGAUGAUCAGCGACCCCAACAAGUUAAUAACAUCCAAAAUCAGAUCAACAACUGGGGCCUAGGGAACGAUGACCGUAAAAUGUUGAUGGAGAUGAAAUACAAGAUCGACUCUUUGCAUAAAAAAUCGAUAUCUAGAGGUAAUUCGAGGUUUAUCUGUGUUUCUAUUCUUGAGAAGUUACUUUUUGUAACGGCCCAGGAAUUUCGCGAAUUGAAGUCAUGGUAUGAAAGCACAUAGACUGCGAGCAGUCCCUCUUCAGUCAGUCAAGUCUAAGCCUGGCAGGACGGGAGAGAGCGAUUUCUCGCUCGCGCUUUCCCAUCCUCGGAGACCCAGGGGCAGUCAGUCGGGCCGGGAGAAAAGGCGCGACGAAAGUUUUCAAGCACAGGCGGAAGAGCCCCUGGGUACCGACUCUCACCGGACCAUUUCCAAACGGUCAAGUGAAUGCUGGCUCCUGAUUGGGCACAAAAAAUGCUUUGUAUUAUUGUGCCCAAUCGGCGAACAGUUUCUCGUGAGUUCUUUUCGUGAGUUCGUACACGAUGGGUAUUAUGUCGCCACAGUUGCCCGGUUCGUUCACCAAGCUUGUGCGUACAAGGGAAACUUCCAUUUUCUACUUUCCUAACCAGAAACGAAGGACCUACCGAUGAGUCGAAAAACGUUUCGGAUGCUAUCAGCAGGAACAAUUCAUUUUGCACUGAGAAAAUUCUGUUUCUGACGGAUCACAAUGUAUCGUAAAUAAUCAGAUAAUAGGAAGUUUAAGAUGCGGCGGCGACGAGAUAAUAAAAAAGCAAUAGCUUGACAAGGCAAAACAACAACUUUGCACGUGCAUCACGCAUUUUGCAGAUUUCUUUGCCGUCACUGCACGACUACCACGUGAAGAUGCCUAAUUUCAGGUUUUGUGAAGGAGGUAAACAAACAAUGACAAAAUUUUCUUUCUCUUUAUGAACUUGGAUAUGGUUGAUAGAAAAUCAGCUCCAGAAGAGUUCGCUUGCAUUUGACAAAGUAAGCGAGUUGGGAGAAUCACGAUAGAGACUUGAAAAAUGUGAAUUCACUUUUCAUGCGACGUUUUCGUGGCUGUCAGCUGUCGUGGAAUCUUAAACUCCUUAAGAUUUACGAAGGCAUGAUCGAUGCAAGUAUGAAUACCUGUUGUAAGCUCAAGCUUGUAUUUUUGGAAAAGCGUCUUUAGUUUUCGGGUAGACAGUGGUAGUCUUUACACUAGAGCCUAAAUAAGCUAAGAAAUAUUUCAAGACAAGUAAGUUUUAAUUACUUCAAGUAAAAUAAAGCUUCACACACAACCGAUUCUUUUUUACUUCAGGUUAUUUUCCCACGCAACAAAAUUAAGAUUGAUUGACAUGUCUCGCCUUUCUCAAAGCUCAAGAAACCGCAAAACCGCAAGUCAGCUAAGUAGGUCAUAAGGAUGGUUUUCAAGUCGCUUGAAACUUUCUUGAACCGUUUCAACUUUCCGACUUUAAUGAGAUGCAAAGCAAAGUUACUUGAGAUUUUACUUAGGCCUUCACACACGAAUUUUUGGUUAAGUAAAACUUAGCGGCUCUUAAGUCUUACUUAACAGCCUAGUGUAAAGACAACCAACCAGUAUUUUGAAAUAAAGUGUUUAUAUCAAACUGAAAGUUUCCUGACUGCGUGCAUUUGUUUGGUGCAUGAGCCAGACAAGCCGUGAUCGAGUCAAUAGCUGUCGCGUCGUGUACGAACUCACGAAAAGAACUCAGGAGAUGCUGUUUCCCGUUUGGGCACAAUAAUACAAAGCAUUUUUUGUGCCCAAUCAGGAGCCAGCAUUCACUUGACCGUUUGGAAAUGGUCCGGUGAGAGUCGGUACCCAGGGGCUCUUCCGCCUGUGCUUGAAAACUGACUGACUGCCCCUGGGUCUCCGAGGAUGGCGCUUUCCUUGCUCGCGUGACCAUCCUAAGGGACUUGCGUGACCAUCGUAAGGGACUGUUCGCAGUCUACAAAGCACAGGGAAAUUUAUCCUUAUACUGGUAAAGGUAUUUUAAGGGUGUCGAACGGGCCGUUUUAAUCAAAACUUCAUUCAUACUAUAGGAAGACUCGUCGAUUUAGUGCUCUUCAGAAGUAGGACAAAAUGGGUACCAUUUUGCUGUGAAACGUACAUACCUGUAUACGAAAAAGGGCGGGGUAUCUAUUCUGUAAACAUGAUGAAAGAAAGGGGGAAUGAGUUGGGCCUCUAGGCGGAGCCUCUCCAGGUAAAUCUCUGCUGAGCACUCCCCGGGUUUUUUCAAUGGGAAGUGAUGUUUUUAAUCAAGGAUUCUCUUAAAAACUUGCCAAACUAUGUCUCGUAAACUUGUAAAGCAAAAUGUGUCUAACUGAAUUCCUUUUUUUAACAGUUUGCCCUGAAGACGGUUGGGUUAGUUUUGCCAAUAUCAGCUAUCUCAUUAUUGACAUCCCAACCUUAAAUUGGUCUCAUGCUCGAAGAAUAUGCCAGAUGCUCGGAGGAGAUCUCGCUAUAAUCAGAUCUGCAGCUGAAAAUGCCUUUAUAUUCAAACUGAUAAUAAAACAGUCAACAGUCCAGGAUUGGGGGGUCUGGCUGGGAUUCGUACGCAAAGCCGACAAUAAGUUUUAUUGGAUUGAUGGCACUGCAAUGGCAAAUGGUUAUACGGCUUGGGGAAGGGGCGAGCCGAACAACGUGCACGAAAAGUGUGCACACAUGUUCGGUAAAGGAAGUCGGGCAGGAAAGUGGAACGACAUAUCAUGCUCUGUUGUUCCAGACAACCUGAAGUAUACCCCAGUUAUACUUUGCAAGAAAAAAGCAAACUAA